UCGCAUUUCCUGCUACGUGUGUAUACGGCGCAGAAGCCCCGCCGAUAAUGAUGACCGCGUGGAUGCCUGAUAUUAAAACGAAGUAAACACGAUUUCUUUCGCGUUGUAGGGUGUUUAGACUGACUCACUGAUGGUACCUUUCAUGUCUGAACGCAGCGGUUUAGUCUGGUGAGCUUAAAGAAACCCCCGACGAAUGUAAAGCCCCAGUUUACGUCACUCUGCCUCGUUACAUUUGGUCUUCAGCACGGACUUGUGUUGCUAAAGCAGCUACACACACAUCUGACAACGUUUACCGAGCUUAUGACUGUUCACUGUUACAUUCAUUUAAAGAAGAAACCCCGACACUGAAGCAUGAAUAAGCGAGAAGGUGAAGGAUGUCCCCGGAGAAAUGCUGAUGCAGCACAGGAUCGCAAUGCAAGUGCCAACCCAUCCUCGCCUGUCAUUGCUGCUUUUAAAGUUUUCCAACAGGAGCUUGACACCAAACACGACAAACAUGAGCGUCUUGUUAAGAUCAGUAGAGACGUCACCAUCGAAAGCAAGAGGACCAUUUUUCUUUUACAUAGAGUGACCAGUGUACCAAAUGCAGAUGAUAUUCUGAAAGAAGCAGACGGGAAGCUGGAUGCAGUCAGGCAGAAAAUUGGACAAAUUGCUGAAGAACUCAGAGGAGAGGACAUAUUUCAGUUUCACAGAGCUUUCACAGCGGGAAUCCAGGAGUAUGUGGAGGCCGUCUCUUUCCUGCACUAUAUCCGCCAUCGCAGCCUUAUCAGCCUGGAGGAGAUCAACGCUAGACUGGUGUUCAUCAGAGAAGAGAAAGUAGAUCCUAAGGACUCGGACGAGGCGCUGCCGGGCGGUCAGGUCCUGACCUUCCAGGUGACGCCCUCCGACUACCUGCUCGGAGUGGCCGACCUGACCGGAGAGCUGAUGCGGAUGUGCAUCAGCAGCGUGGGCAACGGCGACAUCGACACGCCGUUCCAGCUGAGCCAGUUCCUGCGGCAGAUCCACGACGGCUUCUCCUACAUCGGGAACACGGGCCCCUACGAGGUCUCCAAGAAGCUGCACACGCUGCGACAGAGCCUGGGCAAAGUGGAGGACGCCUGCUACGCCCUGCGCGUCCGCGGCUCGGAAAUCCCCAAACACAUGCUGGCGGACGUGUUCUCCAGUAGGACCACGCUCAUCGACCCCGAGGAAGGAGUGGUUUGAGUCCCGCAUCAGCAUUGACAACAUUGUUCAUGUUCUGUAUGGUGUCAUUGUCCACUUUAGUUAUGCUCCAGUUUGAUGUUUGUAUGUAUUUUUAAUGGGAUUUGACAGAUGUUUGAUAUGGUUCGUGACAUGCUUGUUAAUUUCUGUUUUUAUUAUUAGAAUAAAAACCGUGUUACAAUAGGCAAUGGAUUAUUUUUCUUUGAUAACGAUCUGAUGACUUCAGUUGUUUUGCAUGAAUAAAAGUUCUGUGCCAAAUAUGCCAUGCUC